UAACAAUUUUAGCAAAAAAAAAAAAAAAAAAAUCGACACACAAUAGUGCGUGUGACGGCUGCGCUCACGUCCGGGAAAUCAAGAAUAACGCGAGAACAGAGGGACGGUUGACAUAAACUCCCUCACCGAGUUUUCGCACUGUUGUUCGCGAAUUUUAUCCCCCAAAGUGCUGGUGCUGUGUCUAUGCUUAUACGGCCGUACGCUCUGCAUGAGUGCGUCGACAGUGUAACAAAAAAAUGGAGCAGUGACGAGUGUAGGUACGCCUUUAUGAGCAAUACUCGGCGCGAGUGUGUUUGACAGCAGUGUGCAAAUGCAAAUGUGUGCUGGGGCCUCCGAAAACGUAUGGAUGUAUACGUAUAUACGUCCCGUUGCGCGGCCUCCUUCACCUUGGGCAGAAAUUUGUACGGAUCGCCUCUAAUGUGUCUACUACACCGCAAUACGUUGAAACGAUCGUGAAGGUCCUUUUUACUACGGUACGGAAAUGAAAUUUAAAAAAAAGCAAAUGAUAUAAAACAGUGACAGAGAGUACAAGGGGUACACGAUCGCCGUGGACACAACAUGCCAGUGAGGGUGUUUUAGUGACAUGUCUGUGUCGCGCGUGACGAAUGAUUUAUAAUAAUCAUAAUAUUAUAAUCGCGAUACGCGAGAAUGGGCUGCCGUCGUUGCUUGAACGGAAUUAGCAGAGCUGGCUCUGUCGAAUUCGUGAUUUGUAGGAGGUGUAGCUUCGAUCCUGUGCCCUGCACUGGGACCUCCUGACACAAAAGGAGCUGUCAUAAACGUUUUUAGGGGGUUGGCGUUAUUACAAGUGCGAGAAUAUAAUAAGUAAAACAGAAAGUUUUGCGGUGGUAGUAGCUGUAGCUGCUGCAGUGUGCAGCGCUAUGUGGCCAGACAGAUGGCGCUACCGGCGUUUUGACACAUCCCCAGUGCACGAGCUCGAGGCGGCUUGUACAACUGUAACGACAGCUGAAGCAGCUAUCCAGCAGCAGCAACAGCCUGCACCGCGAAUGUCAUCUUUUCGGGUUGAACGGCAGCUACAGCGACUCGCUGGUCGCAGAUCUGGCAUUGCAGCUUGGCAGCAUCGUCACACCAGCUCGAGCUGUUUAUUAUGAGCCGGGAAUUUUACGUGCCCUGCCAGCCUUACGCAUAUGCGUGCGGUAGUGGAGCUUCAGAGGGCGUGGUGAGCGUGAACGGGGUCGUAGGUGGCAUGGAUUGCAUGCCCCUGCGUCCCGGACCGUUCCAAUACCUCAUCAGCGAGCAGGCCAAGUCACUGGUCGCUCUACAGGAGCUGCAGAAUGAGGUUGGUGCCCUACUUGAGUUCCGGGACCUCGUCAUUGAGACGUUCCCAAACCUCAGGCACAAGAUGGCUGUCACGGCAGCGACGUCUGCCACAGACGGUACUUCGGAGGCCAACGUCAACGGCACAGCGUCUGUCCUCAUCUCACCUGGCCAUCAGGGUUCGCACAUGCCCCUUUCCAGUCGUAGUCCAUCGUCGAGGCGAAUGGGCGAGUGGGAGCCUGGUAAGGUGAGACGGCGGGUGGCCCAGUCACGAGGAGAAAACGACUCUUCGUCACUGCCCAGAAGCCGUAGCAAUUCGCACAGCGGCGGCAACAAGCACAGCGCCACGGUCCAGGACUCAGGCUUCAGCACGGAGACCUCGUCCAAGGACAGCGCGUCAACAGCCAUACCCAGGCCGCAGAGUCCGAGUGGCAGGCCCCAGCAGCUCGACGAGGCCGAGGAUGAGCUCUGGAACCUGCUCGAUGUUAUACACAGAAAAGGAGUCCGGCUCAGAGAAGAGGUGGAGAGUUUGCAGGGUAAGGAUUUUUUCCUCUUUUUCAAUGCCAAUCCCUUAUUUACAGGUCGCCUUGAAAGUGUCGCCCCAGAAGAGCUCGACGUGCCGAGCGACAUCCUCAAUGCGGUUCGAAAAGUCACACAUCACGAACACGACAAUGAUGUCGACGUUGACGAUAACGACGACGACGACGACGAUCGCACGCAUCUUCACCACCGGAUCCAUCACCUCCAGCUCAUCGACGGUGAGCUGGAUUCCCGUGACGCGGAUGACCUGCUGCUGGACGACGAAGUGCCCGAAUCAUCGCAGCUGGUGCUGCUGCGUCGCGAGAAACUCCAACUGCUUGACAAGGUUGCCGAGCUCGAGGCCGAAACGAUAUCGAGUCGAGCGCGAACACAGGAGCUCCAGGCAGAGCUGGCAGCGCUUUCGGCGAUCAAGGCGGACUUGGAGGAAAAGCUGAAGGCAGGCCUCCAGGGCCAGAACACCAUAGCCACGACUAUCACGCAGAGAAUACAGCCGAUAGAGCCAACGGCUUCUACCGCGCCGCUGCAGUCACCCAGGAGCAGCGGGCCCCCGGUCAACAUUGGCAGCAAGGACUCAGCUUUUGUUAGCGUCAACGUUGGCGGUGUUAGUGACAAAGUACAGAAGAACCGGUUCAGAACAAGGACUAUCGAGAGGAACGUGCUUGCCAACGUAGCGGCAGCGGUCAGCCGCUCGACCGAGGAUGUCCACCUGGACGCGACCACCGACGCCGGCGCAGUAGCGGAAACAACAACAGUCGAGAGACAGGUGCACCUUGGAGCUCUGGACUCGGUACUCAUGUCCCCGUCUCAAGAGUGGCCACAGUUACCCAGGGCCGAGAUCGAUACUCGCAAAAUCGCUGCAAUCCUAAGAGAACAGUCACCGCUCGAGCUGCAGCGGCACCUUAUCACCACAACCGUCCAAAAUCAGGUCCUUCAAAAGCGAAUAGAUGAAGUAGAAAGGAGCACCGAAACGCUUUCAGAGCGACUAGGAAAGGCGCACGAAGAAAACGAGGACCUGCGUUUUCAGCUGGCCGAGCGAAACAUCGAGCUGGAGGGUACGCGGGCGCGGGUACGCGUGCUGGAGCGGAUGCAGCAGCGACCCUUGACGGAGAACGACGCGGAUGACGAGUCCGACCCUCCGCUCUUGACUAACCACAGCAGUCACCUUCCGUCCAAUGUCCUCGAAAUGAAUGGCACCGGCGGCAACAGUAGCACUAGUAGCAGCACUGAGUCGUCCCGCGAGCCGGCAGCCACAAGCAGCAGCACCGCCACCGAGCCGACGAGCGGCCAACUGAAGCCCUCGCCUCGCCGGCGACCUAGUCGAAUACCGCUGCUGGGCGCGACGAAGCCCAUCGCCCCAAAACCACCCGUUGUACCACCCACGGCUAGCCACCGGCGCAAUGACAGUAGGGACUCGCUCCGGUCGUUGGGCCAGAAGAGCUGCAACGGCAACAGUAGCGCUCUCUCGAUAUCCUCGUCCGGUCGGCAGCAGUCCGCGAUGAAGACAACCGGCCGCGACUCCAGCCGGGAGUCCCUGAACAAGAGCGCUGGCAGUCUGCCCAAGAGCCAUCAGGCCAAUGCUACGCGCCAAGAGCCGGGCAGUCGCUCGCUGCCACGUAACAACUCGGGCUCGCAAAGUUGUAGGGAUUCAUUGGGCAAGCAGCAGCAUAACUUGGGCCCGAGCAACUCGAUUUCACGGGCAACGGCCUCGAUCGAGUCGUCGGCUGGCAGUCAGAGCCCAAGCACGCCGCCAAGGAGACCACCGGCUCCGACCAGAAGGUCACAGAGUCAGACUGCCAGGCCCACGGCUGCGACAAGCGGCGCCGAAAGUACGGUCGACGGUAGCGGCAAGAGCAUGCAAUCGUCCAAUCCACCGAGUUCGUGGUUUCCCUCGAGUAUCUCACUCUACUCAGACUCUCUGAACUCAAUCUGCAACAGUCGUAGUUUAGGACACACCCAAACCAACGAGGAGGAUGAUGAGGAAAUGUCAUCACAAACAGGCUCAACGCGCGUUGAAUUCAUUAUUGGCUCACCCACACGCAAGCGACUCUUUGUGACACCCUGGACAGUGCCGACCUAUCUAGACAGCAGUGACACAGCAGCUGGUUUCACCAGCUACGAUUACCAGCCAGAUCGAGGUGAAGCUCUGGCAGAGCUCGAUUCGCUGGAAAUCGAUGGCAGAUUGGAUAGUGUUAGGUGACCCAACAUUUUGACAUCAUUGCAAGAGUUCAAACAAAAAAUUAGAAUGCAAAGGUCAAGGUCAAAAUAAUGCGACUCUUUUUGAGAAGUUCCAUGUAUUUGGAUAUUUAAGUGAAUGGUUGAAAUGAAAUUUUUUUUCCCAUUUUGAUUGAGUGUCUAUUAAAAAGAUUACUUUCUUUUUUUGUAACGUUUUGUUUUUACUUGAAUAGCUAUACAUCGAAGUCUAGUUAUGUAUGUUGUGGAUCAUAAGUAUUGACAAAUGCUGAGAUUUGCAUCAAGAUUACUUAUUAUGUUUAUUUUAUAGAAAAACAACAGUUAAUUUUCUACAGUCAAAAAAUUAAUAGAAUAUGUCUAAUUAUGCCAAUGAUUGUGUGAUCGCUAUCUAAAUUUUUUUUCAAAAGUAUGUAGUUAAAAUUACGAGAAGCUGACAGCUAACUUACUAUUUUUGAACAUAAAAUUAAUAUAAUAAAAAAAACUAAAAUCCAUUACACCGUAAAAUUGCAAAUAUUCAUUGUAAGCAUUGAUACAUAGGAUAAAAUGUCAUUUGAAAAAGCAUUUAAAUGUGUAAGAAAAGAAAAAUUUGAAAAAUUCAACGCAAAGCUCUUCUUCAGAUAUAUCAUUUCCAUUAUAAUAAAUGAUAAAUGAAUUGAAAAAUGUAAUUUUUGAAAUCUUACAAACAAUCAGUAACAAAAAAGUCUCGAAUUUUGUCAACUAUUGGAAAAGACUGGUAUGCUUUUUCUCUUGAUAAUUGGUAUGUGUAAACAAGAUCGAUCUUCGUUCUUCCGGUAAAAUAUUUUUAAAAAGAGAAAUAUUCUUAUCCUUAUAAUGUAUUACCAAUCCUAAUAAUAUAUUAUUUUAUGCUUAAUUGAAUAUGCUAAUACAUCGAAUGUAAUCAAAUAACGUCCUAAGAGUUGAUAGUAAUCCAUUUUAUAUCUUCGGUUUUUUUAUAUCAAUGAAAAAAUUCUAAUAACAUCCAUUAUAACGUACUAAUUUUUAUGAAUGUUACAUUUUAAUGAAUAAAAGGGUUAAUAGUUUUCUAACCUAACUCUUGAAGUUAAAAAUUAACAAAAUAAAAAGUUAAGCUGACCAGUCUUGACAUUGCAAAUUAAUUAUUUCAUAGGAUAGUAUCAAAUGACUGAUAUUUAUUUAACACAAAAAAGUUUUUAUAUUUUUCACUAUUGUGUAACAAUUCAAGAAUGAGUUUGCAUGGCAAACUUUGCAUUACUUGGACAUCUAAAAUAUUUUUUCAUGAAUUUGUGUUACAAGCGAUGUCAAGAUGUAAAAACAUAACAUCAAAACAAGAUGUCACGUUAUGAAAACAAAUUUAUAAAAUAAUACGUAAGGGAGAUUAAAAGUUAUUAAUAUCAACAAAUUAGGGAAAGCAACGCUAAACACUUAAUUUAAUAAAACUGCUCACCUAUCUCUAUUCAUUCCACCAUUUGCAUUUUUCAUUUUCGUUUUAUUCACAUAAAAGUUCUACUUUAAAUAAUGCAUGCGUAUAUUUUUUUCAUUACAUUUCAACCGAAAAUAUAGUCUUACAGCUCUUUUAAGCUCUUUUGCACAUUUACUUUAAAAUUUGUUGUAUGAUUUUUAUUAUAAUCAUAAUUUUAAGUUUAAAAGUUUCUUUGAGUUUGCUUGGUAAAACUCAGGAUUUUUCCCGGAAUUAUACAUAUCAUGCGAGAAACGAGCACUCGAUCUUUUUUUGUUCCAGUUUAUGGAUGGGCUCUCUUUGCUAGCCAUCCACAUUUGCAGUCAUUAAUUUUUAAAUUAGUAAAGAUAGACUAACGCUAGAACUCUUUAUACUGUUUAUUGAUGAUACACAUAUUUGAUGUAAAAAAAAAAUCAUUUUUCUAUAUUGCUAUCUUUAAAACCAUCAAAUAGCAAUAUAAAUAAUAAUGUACUCUUUGUUUGUAAAGUAAUUUUCUUGGUUUCAAUUUUUUUUUUAAAGAAAAUAUCAAGUCGUAACAUUUUAUGAUAAUUAAUAAUUAAGAUAAGAUGGUUUUAAAGACUUCAAUAUGUUACAUAGACUUUAAAAACAUUGAAGAAAGGGAGACGAAAUUUUUUAAAAAGUUUGAUACGCUACAAUGUACUGAACAGUUCCUUGCUUUAACCAAUUUUUCAUGAAUCAUGUAAAGUAAACAAACUUAAUGAAUGACGGUAAGGACUACAAUGACUCGAAGUGCGAGCAAUCACAGAAUGUGAUCAUAGUUUUUAGUCGUGCGAAUUUUGUGAUUAGUCCUUUUUCAAUUAAGUAAGAUUGAAGAAUGUUAUACUUGUUCGAAUCUUUAAAUCUGACGAUUUUUUCAGGUGAAAAUGUUAUUGUUGAUUAUCGUUUGAUUUAAAGGGUGCCUCCAUAGAUUAUUCUUGCGAAAGAUCAUCGUUCUAUUAAAUAUAAUUCAUUUUAAACUUAUACAAAUUAUGUGAAUUGCAAUAGAUGUUGCAAAAAAUAAAACAAAAUAAAAAAUUUUUCGUUAAUUACUGAUUGGGGUCUUUUCACAAAACAAUAUUUACUUUCGUGCAAGACAUAUUCAGUGGAGGAUAUUAUUUUUAUAAAAAUGGAUGGAAGUCAAGUUAAAAAGAUGAUAAGUAAAUGCUAUUCACGAAUGGUCGCUAUCGUUGGUGUAAGCGACUACGUCGAUCUGCGUACUAUGUUUAAUUUUGUCAUAAGUAGAAACGUAUCGUAAUUAUUUUACGUAUAUAAUUUUACCAAGAAUGUACUUCUGGUGAGUUUUGUAAAUAAUAAGCGACUUGCAUCGUGCGAAAUAUUUAAAUAGUUUUUAAUUGUAAAUACAUUAACGCAAAAAUGCGAUAACGUGAUAUAUGGUAAAUCAAGAA